UAGUGUAGAAAGCAAUCUAGCACAAAAGUAUGCAAACGAGUCUUUACUAGAGUAGACAGCUAGCUAAAACAAUAGCGCGAUCUGUGCUAGCAUAAGAUAGCUAGGUUUACUUGUGCUGCUAGCGUCAAUGUUUAUUUUCAUCAUUUGCGUGCUUAAUAUGCUAUGUUUAUGCUAAAUUCUAACCAAGCCAGCCGCCCCCAACCGGCUGUUUUUGGGCCGAUCAAACUAGACAUGCUGAGUGAGAUGGUUGGUGUAUGGCAGGGGUAUUCAAAUCUUACCUCACGUGGUCCGGACUACUGCUUUGUUUUCUGUUCUACCUGAUAAUGAAUUGCACCCAUAUCAGUCGCUGAUUAGAUGGGAAGAAUGGAGAAAAAAAGCAAGAGAACUGGCUUCGAGAAUUCUGACAGUGACAGCGACCUUGAGUCGACCGCCCCCGUGAAGCCUCAACCCAAACGGCGUCGUAUCAUCGACCCCUCGUCGAUUACCACCGUGCCUAUCUACUCGAACAAGGUGAACAGCAGCUUACAGCUGAAUCCAACUCUCUUCGCCUGUGAUGUUAACGCAGGUGACAAUGCAGAGGAGGUCAGUUUGUGGGCCAAGUCUCCACCCUCAAAGAAAAAGAAGCCAAUCAUCAUUACCUUGAAUGACUCAGAGGAUGAGUCUGAGCCAGAGGACAAAGAUCCGGUAGACAUCCGUUCCCCCUCUCCACCCCCACCUCCAGGCAGCCCUUUUGUCAAAGUAUCCAAUCGGGCCAAUCGAAAGAUUCUAGAGAUCAACAGAAAGCUAAAGGCUGUGGGCUCUCUCCUCUCUCCCGAGGCCAAGGAGCGGUCUGGACGCCGCGGCUGCCACUCCCCUCCUCUCACCGAGUACGACGAUGAUGAUAUCAUCCUCGUGUCCCCAAACUCCCGGCCCAGGAGCCAGCCCCUCGCCCCCUCCCAAGAUCACAGCCCCCUGACAUCCAGAGAGAUCGCCCUCAAGUUCCGCAGCCGGACAGACCUCUACAAGAUCCCUGUGUUAACUACGGUGCCUCUGAGCAAAGCGGUGGAGCAGCUGUCAGUCAAGCUCAAAGUACCGCCCUCCCGCAUCCUGUUACUGAGGAGAGACAUAGAGCUUCCUGUCCACUCCACAGCCAAUGAGCUGGGCCUGGGCAUCGCUGACAUCAUAGACUGUGUUGUCAUAGCAGCAGAUGAUAAACACGAGUCUGAGCAAAGUGGUGACAUGCUCACUGUGCGACUGCAGGCCAAGGAGAAAGGCUCAGCACAGGAAUAUUCCCUACACAAAGAUGCCCCCCUGGGCUCCAUUCUCUCCCAGUAUGUGUCCAGUAUGUCCGUGGAUGCCAGACGCAAGGUGCGCUUCCAGUUUGACGGGUCAAAGGUCGUCCACAGCCAGACGCCCUCCCAGUUGGACAUGGAGGACGGUGAUGUCAUUGAGGUGUGGGUGUAAACACCUGUGGUAUUUUCAUAGAGCUGUGGUUUUCAAACCUCUCCUCUGGGAUCCCCAGACGUUUCAAAAUUGUGUUGUAGCCCUAUACUAACUCACCUGAUUCACUUAGCCAAGGACUUGAUUAGUUAACCAUUUUAAUCAGGUGUGUUAGCUGAUAUAGUUAAAAUACAUGAAACGGCUGGAGGUCCCCAAGGAAAUGUUUGAGAACCCCUGUCAUAGAUGAUUUAGUUGUAUAUGCGAUGGACACAACAAACAAAAAAAGGAUAGAAAGAUGUCCCAGUGCAAUGUUCUUUUAAGAUGCACUUACUGCACUUGGUCCAAAUAAGACUCUUCAAUAUUGCCACUGUCAAUUUAUGAUUGUUUAUUUACAAGAUGUGUUUUGAACCGAUUUUGAAAUAAAAAUGUCUCUGUUCAAAUGAA